AUGGACCAGCCCUUUGCCAUCAGCGCCGGCGCCGGCUCCGCGGGUGAGGCCGGCUCUCCCGCAACGGCUGCCGGGAUCAAGCGCAGAGCUCCCAUUGCCUGUCGAAGGUGUCGUCGCAUGAGAAGCAAAUGCAUCCACGAAAAGGCCAAUCCCCCCUGCAAGUCCUGUCUGGAAGCCGGCCUGGGCCCAGACGAUUGCGUCUUCCCCGUCAGAGGCCAGCCGGACCAAGACCGCGAAUACCGCCAUCCGCGCGCAAGGACCGAAAAGUCUACCAGGCACGCCGUCGCAAAGGUUCGCCGUAGCAUCCUUGAUGGGCCCGUUGCCUCCAACCAUACGGCAGACGACUGGCACAGCCUGCCGCCGCUCGCAGACCUCGUCGACGGCGUCAACCGCUUCACGAGGUACUACUUUCAGCUCGGCUUCAUCCCCAAGCAACAGUACCCGGCCCGCCUGCAAAAUGACCACCGCUCCGUCAACCUGUUCCUGCUCCUCAGCAUCCUCAGCAUCUCGGCCCGCCUGAGCCCCUCGCUCAAGGUCCGAUACGGCACCGGCGUCAGGGCCGCAGAGUUCUUCAUGGAGCGCGCUUCCGAUAUCGCCAUUGGCGAGGUCUACCAGGAGCCCACCCUCGAGAGGUGUCAGGCCUUUUACCUCUUGAGCAUCGCCCAGCAGGGCAGCGGCCUGCGCAACAAGAGCUACAUUAACAUGGGCAUUGCCGUGCGCAUGGCUGCCUUGAUGCAACUGCACCGAGAGGAGACGUACCAGGUGCAAAAUCCAACACCCGACCUCAUCAUGCGCGCCGAGUCGGCUCGGCGGACUUUGUGGAUGUUGCAUAGCCAGGACAGUCUCCAUUCGGGUCCGAUGUCUCCCGUGUCUCUCGCCGCAGCCGACAUCACGGCUCUCUUGCCCUGCAACGAAGAGGACUUUGCCCAUGGACGCGAACCGCGAUCCCGCGCCGCCUUGGAGGGCACACCUCCUGCCGUCGACGAUCCGUCCCUGAUCCGAGACCCGAACCGUUCUCUAUUCGCAACCUUGAUGCAGAUCCACAACUUCUGGGGUAUCGUGGGCCGUCGCGCCGUAAGCUACAGUAAAAGCUCGCGGCCCUGGGAGCCGACCAGCGAAUUUUCUCAGAUGGCGAGGAGAUUGGGAGAAUGGGAGCAAGGCCUUCCGCACGAGCACAUGUGGAGUAACUUUCUCCUCAAGGGCUACAAGGCCGAGGGCCAGGAUCUGGCGUACCUGUGCGUGACCAUGAUGACGAGAAUCUGUAAUAUUGUCUUGCGAAGACCGUAUUUAAUCGAUGUCAUCAAGCCCGACACAAAGAAUAGGGAGAAGCAAGCUUUCUUCUCUGAUCUAUCCAAAGAUUUGUUCCGCGACGUACGCCAACUGUAUGAGCAGGUCGACGCUCAGUUCACGGACCGAACGCCCGACGAGAGCGUGGGCGCGCAAAUCGCCGCCUUUUGUGUAUACAGCUGUGGUCUAUUUUCGACGUACAUCUGCAAAUACCCGCACAUCUGCCAAGACACUGCUCUGGCCCAGGAUGGCCCAGCGAUGCUCCAGCGCAUCAUCACCAUCCUCCGAGAGUGCAAGGAAGUGUGGCCGUUGGCGGCGCGGUGGGUCGAGGCCCUCGAGAGGUUUUCCAUGGACCCUCAGUCCGAAGCGCUGGCGGCCGAGGGAAGCAUGGACGACGGCAAGGAUCCGGUUCCCCACGCCAUCCGUCCCUUUCCAGUCACUGCCCCCACGCCGCCGCAGGUCUCGCACACGCCGUCACUGCCGGACAAUGCCGUGCUGCCCAGGCCCGAGCCCCAGCCCUCUUCGACCCUGCACUCUGCUCCUCGCGGCGGCAUGGCGCCUUCGAUCCCCAGCAACACCAACGGACAGACCCUGACCCCUCCGAGCCAACAGGCGCAAACUCCGUUCCAACCGCCGCCUCAGUCGCUGCCGCAUGCCCUGUCCCAGCAGCCAAGGUUGCCUCAUCAGCAGCAGCAACACCGACAAGGGGAGCCGCGACCACAGCGGCAAUCUGCUCCGCACCACAUGUACAUGUCGCCACAGGCGCCUCCGCCGCCUCUCGGCCGCCAACCUGUCGACGGACUCGGCAUGCUCAUUGAGGCCUUCGACACACACCAGCCGGCAGGCGCGCCGUACGGGAUCGGCGGGACGCCCGGCACGGGGCCGUACUAUCCCCAGCUCGGGCCGGGCAACGAUGGGUUCGAGGGCGAGCUACAGUUCUAUAUUGACGGCGCCUCGUCCACGUGGAUGAACACGGGCGCGUGGCUGGACACGAUGCAAUGA